AAGAAGAAACACGUCUGCCACACUUGCCAACGCGCCUUCACCACCUCCGGCCAUCUCGCUCGGCACACCAGAAUUCACACCGGCGAACGCAACCACAAAUGCCCCUUUCCCGGAUGCGAGACCCGAUGCUCUCGCCAAGACAACCUGCAACAG